UUUACUCCUUGGGCUACUUAAUCAUGUAUAUAGAAAAGAUUUCAGCUCCAUUCCAGAAUUAUAACAACUUUAAUAUUCUUUGAUAUCUAUAUUUCGGUCUUACAUUGUACCAAUACCUAUUCGAUCGUCUUAAGAGAUAGAACCAAAUUUCUUCAUUAGUUUUUAAAGAAGGCACCUGGAGCUAGUCACAUACAGUCGGAUUUUUCAUUUUCUUAUUUGUUGACUUUUUAAGAGACGCAUCACGUAAAAAGAGACGAGGAAUGUUAAACUGCAACCCUUCUGAAUUAUGUUCUUUAUCUAUGCCAUUUUUCUAUUGAUCAAAAAUAUUUCUCAUGUUUAAACAAUCAAUGAUCGAAUGAUUUGAUUUUAGAUUUACACAUGUCGAAGCAGAAUGUGCAUUUAUUACUUUCAAUGAUCUUCUUGAUCGUAUGGAAGAUCUUGUUGUUGAUGUAACAGAACGAAUAUUAAAACAUCCAGAAGGAGGUCCACUUUUAUAUGAAAAUAUUAAACCAUUAAAAAGACCGUUGAAACGAAUGAAUUAUAGUGAAGGUAUUGAAUAUUUGAAAAAACAUGAUAUACGUAAUGAAGAAGGUGAAUUUUAUAAAUUUGGCGAUGAUAUUCCUGAAGCACCAGAACGUAAAAUGACUGAUGAAAUUAAUGAACCAAUAUUAUUUUGUCGCUUUCCAGCUGAAAUUAAAUCAUUUUAUAUGCAACGUGAUCCUAGUGAUAAUCGUUUAACUGAAUCGUGUGAUUUAUUAAUGCCUGGUGUUGGUGAAAUUAUUGGUGGUUCAAUGAGAAUGAUUAGUUAUGAACAAUUAACGGAAAGUUUUAGAAGAAAUGGUCUUCAACUGGAGCCAUAUUACUGGUAUCUU